AUGGCCAGGGCGAAGAGAAGAACAAGACCACCUGAAGACGGAGUAGGGAUACCUCGUGAAGAAAAGUCAAGUGGAUCAUCCUCAGCCCAGAGCAAAAGACGUUCUGAACACUUGUACGAGUUUGCGGUAAACUCGUCCAGUACGGAUACACGUUCCAUCACACAAGCAAAGGUCGUUCAAUCGCGGCCUAACACAAGGAUCUACACGGCAACAACGCCCAUCAUCAGUUGUGUCUGCUAUUACCGCUUGGUGUUCGAACUUCGCUCGGCCUUAGCGGAGAACAGGUCCCUGCCACCACCCGACCCCCUGCCCGCUUCCACGGUUCGCCUACCAAGUCAGGAGUACCUACCUUACGGUACCCGUGCCUUGCACCACAUUACCUCACAGAGAAAGCCGUCCAUCGCUUACUUUCCGGCCACUCGCCCACCUCAACUCAACUCACCUUGGAUCGGUUCGCGCGGUACAGAGUACUUCGCUCCUCCAUCCAUCACACCCAUCCCCGAUCCUCAUCCACAUCUCCCUCACUUUCCACACCCCGUCGGCGGAGAUACGGCAGUGCCACUAUUCUUAACCAUGUCGGGCUUCGUCUCCUCGCCCACCGCCCUGCACCCCGCCCUCAGUAAUCCGAAUCCGCUUCCGCCGCCAGCGCCAUUGUCACUGCAACAGCACCAGCCGUCCGCGUUGCCGUCCUCGUCGCCCUCUUCCGACCCCCAUGGAGUUAAAACCUCGCUUUCCGACCGCCCCAAAAGCUCCAGUGCCAGUGUCAGCACCACCACCGUCCACGACCGACCUCUCUCUUCUUCCGCCUCCACCUCCAACUCUGUCUCCCAUCUUCACUCGCACUCACACUCACUGUCACUGCAUCGCAAUGCUGGUCCGGUAGCAGAGGAGGAACCCUAUGCUUGCGCCGAAGCCGGAUUUCCUGCUACAGCUGCUGCAACACAAAACCCCUCGUCCUCGAUAAGAAGAAGCUCCCUAUCAAUAACCUCUACCGCCGCCUAUCCCGAGCUGCUCCCGCCUCCUCUGUCCAAGUCCACCAACGCCAACGCCAGCGCUGCCGCCCAUCCUUCCAAGGGCCAUCGCCGCGCACCUUCCCACGAAGUUCCCCGCCAAACUAUUAUGAAAGCCUUGGCUUCGGUUGUUCGCAGAAAUAAACCCGAAGCCCUCUCACUUACCGGCAUGUUGUCCCAACAAGGCGGUUGCGACAACCGCCCCGCCACUGCUUCGUCCCAGAAGCUGGCCGACGCCUUGAACGAGCUGGCCAACCGGAGCAUGACCCCCACCACGGCCCUGCCCUCCUUGCAGUCCCCUUGCUUCUAUCACAACCGAUUCGAUGAUGCCGUCAACAUCGAUAAGGUUCUCGAGGAGAUCAAGAAUGACGACUGCAUGUCCCACUCUAGGCUCGUACAGACAGCCACCGGCGUACGCGAGGUCUCCAAGCAGUUGCAACGUCGCCCCAUCAAGCGCGCUGUUCGCAAUGUCAUGAUUGUCACCAAAGCUCGCGAUAACCAGCUCGUCUACUUAACCCGCGAGCUCGCUACCUGGUUGCUUCGCACUCCGAGGUAUGGUGCCAAUGUUGGCGUCAACGUUUAUGUGGACGCCAAGCUCCGCAACUCUCGACGCUUCGAUGCCAGUGGCAUUGUCGCAGAGAACUCUGCGUACCAGGAUAUGCUCAAGUACUGGACACCUGAUCUGUGCUGGAGCCAACCUGAGAAGUUCGACCUAGUUCUCACCCUCGGCGGUGACGGAACCGUUCUCUUCACUUCAUGGCUAUUCCAGCGCAUCGUGCCCCCCGUCCUGUCCUUCAGCCUGGGCAGUCUCGGCUUCCUGACGAGCUUCGAGUUCGAAAAGUAUACGCAGCACCUGGACCGGAUCAUGGGUGACGAGGGCAUGCGUGUCAACUUGCGCAUGCGCUUCACCUGCACCGUCUACCGUGACGGCACUCUUGGCCAGGAGGCGGAGGAAGGAGAGCAGUUCGAGGUUCUGAACGAACUUGUCAUCGACCGCGGCCCGUCCCCGUAUGUUUCGAACUUGGAACUUUACGGCGAUGACGAGCUCCUCACUGUGGUGCAGGCCGAUGGCUGUAUUUUCUCAACUCCGACCGGUUCAACUGCUUAUUCUCUUUCGGCCGGAGGUUCCUUGGUACACCCCGACAUCCCGGCUAUUCUUCUGACACCCAUCUGCCCGCAUACGCUCUCAUUCCGCCCGAUGGUUCUCUCUGACACGAUGCUCCUCCGCGUGUCGGUGCCGCGUAAUUCCCGCGCUACGGCGUACUGCGCCUUUGAUGGCAAGGGUCGUGUCGAGCUGAAGCAAGGAGACUACGUUACCAUCACUGCCUCACAAUAUCCAUUCCCCACAGUUGUCCGAACUCAGACGGAGUGGUUCGACAGUGUUUCCCGCACUCUUCGCUGGAACACGCGCGCCGCAACGCAGAAGGGCUUCGACCCCUCUGCUGGCGGCAGCCUCUGCCCGUCUGAGGACGGUAAGGAUGAUGAUCCGGAGUGGGACAUUGACACCGACUCGGCCUGCUACGCUAGCGAGGACGGGAGCAUCAGCGCGAGUCCCUUGAGAAGGCAGAUGAGUCUGCUGGGCAUGUGA